UUUCUCACAGACGCACAGUCCGUCCCCUAAACAGUACCGCCUGAAGAUGGCCGAGUAUGUGAAUAUCGCUCGAAGGGCUUUGGGACAGCUAGGAGGUCAUGGCGGUGUCAAAGGCUUUCUCGUACAGUUGUUCAGGGCUAAUGACGUGAAGACCGGAGCGCUGAUCGGAGUCGAUAAAUAUGGAAACAAAUACUUUGAGGACUCCAAGAACUACUUCUUCGGGAGGCACCGCUGGGUGCUGUACACCACCGAGAUGAACGGGAAGAACACCAUGUGGGAGGUAGACGGUAGCAUGGUGCCGGCUGAAUGGCACCGUUGGCUGCACUGUAUGACGGACGACCCCCCCACCACACACCCGCCCGUGCCCAGGAAGUUCCUGGCAGAGACGCACCAGUUCAACGUGAGCGCCACGCCCCAGCAGUACGUGCCCUUCUCCACCACCACCAAGAAGAUCCACGAGUGGGUGCCCCCCAAGGCCCAGUAAGGGGGGACCCCCACUUGGAGGAACCCAUCCUCCUCUUCCUCCUUUUUCUUCUUCUUCUGUAAAUGUAACCGAACGCUUGUGUUUCCCGUCAUGACCUCCCUGAAUAAAAUCAAUAUACUAAGUUAAAGAAUGUAGUUGGUG